GACCCUCUACCAAGCAUGAUGUCCUUUUCCAGCAAUUGGUCUGUGCUGAUGAUGUGUCCAAAGUACGUGAGACAAAGUCUCACCAUUCUUACUUCUAAGGAGCAUUCUGGCAGUUGUCAGUUUGGUACUAGAAAUGGGUUAAACAACCCACUCAGUGUCCCAACUUGAUGCAUAUUAAUUUCUAGUUUUACAAAUUCUGGACCCAAUUGGCAAGCGUUUGUAUACUAUAGUCCACUAUCCCUAAAACAUAACUUUUCUUUUUCUCACAGCAUAAUGUUUAAGAUUAAGCUCCUUGCAUGAUGUUGGUAAAAAAUCUGAAGAAGCAGUGUAGGUCCUUACUUAGGAAGGAAAAAGAUAUGUAAAUAAUUGAUCCAUAAAUUGACAUAGAAUUGCUUGGUGCUUUCUUUUAACCUUUAGUUUUAAUUUGGCUUUAACCUUUAGUUUUAGUCACUGUGCCUUCCAGUGACUCUAAUGGCAGGGAAGCUGUAAAUGGAUUUAAGUUAAGUUCUUGCAAGAAGUGAAUAUUUGGCACGGAAAAACCAUUUCUUUCAUAUAAAGGGUGGAAAGAGCAAAUUAAAGACUACUCUUUAAUAACCAAAUGUAAUUAAAAUGUGUUGUCAGAUUUAUGUUUUAGUGUCUCAGAGGCACUGAUAUUGCUGUUUCUGAAAUGAGAUUGCUGAUUCAAAAGAAAAAAAAAACACCUCAGUAUAUAGAAAAUUCUCCUAAUCUCCUCCUCUCCUUUAAUUGUGAUGUUAUAAUUUAUAGGGUAUGAUAGAAAUGUAUCUCUUGAGGAAAUUGUAGACAUACUUAAGGUUUUGUUAUUUAUGAAGCUUCAGGCAGAAGGUUUUUUUCCCCCCUAUAAUCAAGUAUCAUUUAGAAAAUGACAAUGUUAAGUUCCUUAGAGUGUUCUCAGUAGAACAAACCAGCCCCUACCUCUUUCUGCCUUAUUUUUCCUGGAGUAGUUUAGUGGUUUAAGUAUAGUAAUUCAAAAGAGAAGCAGUUUGGUUUAUCAUUGAUAUUCUGGUUUCUCCUUUUUGGGGGGCUCGUCACAUGGGCAAAGCAGCAGCACUUAGAUGUGUAGACAUUCCUGUUGAACACGAGAAGUAGAGAUGAGGGGCCCCAGAGGAUGGGGAUUCAGAUCAGCGGGCUUCCUUUGCAGAGGCUGAGGCACAGGUGCACAACCCUGAGAGCAAGAGGCUGUGCAGUCCUGGGUUUCAUUUCAUUCCCCUGCUCCCACCCUCAAGGAAUUAAUGAUUUAAUAGUGAGAGGUUGGUGACAUGUUGAGGGAUGCAGUGACUGGUGUUUUCAGAGCCUUACUCUGAAUGCAUCUGUAUGAAAAUUAUAGAGGGUGGAAUCAUGAUUCUUCAUGUCAACAAAAAGUGGUAUCCAUUCAGAAAAAAAAUAAACACUAGCCUGAAAGUAGCAAUAACUGGAUUCUGCUAUCUUCCUCUGACCUUUAAAAAGGCAUGUAACUUCCCUGCAUGUCUCUUCUCUGGACCUAGAGUAAUAUGUGUUUCCUAGAGCUGUUGUAUAGAUGAGAUAACCUGUUUGAAGCAUUCUGAACUCCUUCAGGAAUCAUGUCAAAGCAAUAAAAUGCGAUAUGGUUAUUACAGUGAAGAGAUGACAGUUCUACAUAUUCUUCCUUAAUCUUCUGAUCUUUCCAGAUGCCAGUGGGUCCUUUCCAGUCCUCUUUCUGUUCUUAGGUUAGAAUUGUGGCAUGGGGGCGGGGGUUUCUUCCGUGCUUAGGUACAAGAAGAAUGCCUUCUCCCCUCUGAAACUGUGUUCCUUGGGAAGGCCUUUGUAGGCAUCCCCCUUCAGUAAGGGGUGAGCGUGCCACCCUGCGUGCUGUGCUGGGGAGCACAGAUCUACAAACAGAAGAAGGCAUCUGUCCUCUGCAGGCUGAGGCGAGGAGCUAUGGACUGUGCAUCCUUUCCCUGCGUGCCUGCUCAGAACCCUCCGCUCGGUGCUCAGCCUCCUCUGACCAACCUUGAUGAGAAAGGAAAGUAAAUCUAAAGAGACCAGCGCUUCGUACCAAACGUGUGAAGUCCAGUUUGAUUCAGGACUCUUUUUGGAAAGGUCCAACCGUGUGAGCAGGCUUGCCAUUGCUUCAGCCAGUCAUGUCCUUCAGUGCCACUAUUCUCUUCUCCCCACCCAGUGGCAGUGAGGCCACAUGCUGCUGCUGUGCCUGUAAGAACGAGACCAGUGGGGGCGGCACGGGCUCACAGGGCAGGAAUCCUCCUCCCAGCACCCCUAUCACUGUGACAGGACAUGGCCUGGCGGUCCAGAGUUCAGAUCAGCUCCUACAUAUUAUCUACCAGCGGGUAGAGAAGGCAGUGGGACUGGCUGAGGCUGCUCUGGGUCUUGCCAGGGCCAACAAUGAAUUGUUAAAACGUAUACAGGAGGAAGUUGGUGAGCUAAGACAAGGGAAAGUGUCCACCCCUGAUGAGGAUGGGGAAGGCGGUGCACAGAGUUCCCCACCUGAAGAGCCUGGGCCUCUCAAGGAGAGCCCCGGGGAGGCCUGCAAGGCUGUGUCUGCCGUGGAAGAGGAGUGUGACAGCGUGGGCAGCGGCGUGCAGGUGGUGAUCGAGGAGCUGCGGCAGCUGGGAGCAGCCUCUGCGAUGGGGCCUGGGCCUUUGAGCUUCCCAGCCACUCAGAGAUGUGCCCUGGCUGCCAGCGAGGGGGCCUUCCUGCUCAAUCCUCUGGUGGAUGAUUACGUGGCCUCUGAGGGUGCAUCACAGCGGGUACUGGUCCCUGCUUAUGCCAAGCAGCUCUCACCAGCCACACAACUGGCUAUCCAGCGGGUAACCUCAGAGACCGGGCCAGAGAAUGGAACCAAGCUGCCACCGUCCCACCCUGAAGAUGUGCUCAGUGCUGCUGCUGCGCUGGACAGUGCCUUGGAAGAGUCAGGCCCUGGGGGCUCUGGGGAGCUGAGACACUCUCUAGGUUUUACUGCUUCCCAGUGCAGGACCAGAGGAAGUGGGCAGAAGAAUUCCAGGCGCAAGCGGGAUCUGGUCCUCUCUAAAAUGGUCCACAAUGUGCAUAACCACAUCACCAAUGACAAGAGAUUCAAUGGGUCUGAAAGUAUCAAGUCCUCUUGGAAUAUUUCAGUAGUAAAGUUCCUUCUGGAAAAGCUCAAGCAGGAGCUGGUGACCAGUCCCCACAAUUACACUGAUAAGGAGCUGAAAGGAGCCUGUGUGGCCUAUUUCCUUACUAAGAGGCGUGAGUACCGCAACUCCCUGAACCCCUUUAAAGGCCUGAAGGAGAAAGAGGACAAGAAACUUCGGAGUCGCCGAUACCGGCUCUUUGCCAACCGAUCCAGUAUCAUGAGGCAUUUUGGACCUGAGGACCAACACCUGUGGAAAGAUGUGACAGAAGAGCUAAUGUCAGAUGAAGAGGACAGUCUUAACGAGCCAGGCGUGUGGGUGGCCCGCCCUCCUCGUUUCCGGGCCCAGCGCCUCACAGAGCUCUGCUAUCACCUGGAUGCUAACUCUAAGCAUGGUACCAAAGCCAACCGUGUGUAUGGGCCUCCCUCAGACAGACUGCCUUCUGCUGAGGUCCAGCUCCUCCCACCAGAACUUUACAAUCCCAACUUCCAAGAAGAGGAAGAUGAGGGAGGUGAUGAGAAUGGACUUGUCUCCCCCUCUUUUGACCAACCCCACAAAACCUUCUGCCCUGACUUGAACUCAUUCAUUGAAAUCAAGGUGGAAAAGGAUGAAUGAAAUCUGCAGCCAAGAAUUACUCUUGACUUCUGCCACACCCCAUGUCCCAGAAAUGGGUGGCCAUGGGGCUUCUUAGAAUAAUGAGAUGCCCUCUGCAGUCUGAGAAAGUAAAUUUACCUGUCUUCUUAACAUGGUCCCCACUGGAAGUGGAAGCUGGCAGCUCUGACAGGAUAAAAGAACUUCAUAUAGAAAGGGGGAAAGCCCCCUAUUGUGAAUGGCAAGCCAGAAGAUGCUUAUUCCUAAGCAUAAACAGUGCCUGGGAGGAGCCUGGAAUGAGGAAAGGAGGAGGAUGGGUCUAAGAAGCAUGAGGCCUUCUUGAUAUAUGCCCCGGUUUCUGAGUUUCUUUUUCAGGUUCACCCUCAGCUCUGGGAAGCAGCCCUGGCUAUACCUUCUGUUUCCCCAUGAUUGCGGGUCUUGCUCUGUAGUGGAGGAACAGGACCAGCCUAGGGUAAUGCUGCCAUCUGGUGGGCAGUUUCAGUCAUGGGCCAGAUUCUUUUGAGCAGCAGAAAGAACAUGGGCUCCAUUCUUACUUGGGAAUUGGGAUCUAGGUAUAACAGUUACUGUUUACUGAAUUAUACAAGGCAAAUCUUAUUAUUCCUAUCUUAUAGAUGAGGAAAUUAAGGCUUAGAGUUUUCAUGUCUCACCAGCAGCUGCUUUCCCAUUAUGUGAUUAAGCAAUAUACACAGCUUUAUAGCUAUUUCUUACUCCUAUCAAGCCAAACUGUAUUUUGAAGGGGUGUGUGUGUGUGUGUGUGUGUGUGUGUGUCAGAGAGAGACAGAAGCACAAAAUUUGUGUAUCUUGAAUGGAUAAGAGAAGUAAAAAUGACUUUCUAUUCAUUCAUUCAACAUAUAGAUUGCUUACGGUGUGAAGCAUUGUGCUAGGUGCUACUGAUUCAUUGUUGAUCAGAUGGCGAUCACAGAUUUUAUUGUCUAAUCAGGAAGCUAGGCAUUAAAUAGGCAAUAAAAUGAAUUGUGACAAGGGUAAUAAUAGGGGAGUGCAGGGUGCCAGGGAAGUACACAGAAGGGCUAUCUAACCUACUCCUGUGGUCAGGAAAGGCUUCUCAGAAGGAGUCAUGUUUAAACUGAUACCUGAAAGAUGAGGAUGAGUUAGCUAGGGGAAGGGAAGGGGAGGCCAAGAGAGUUCCAGACAUAGGGAACAGCUGGUGCACAGCCCAGAGGCAAGAGCAAGCACAGAAAAAGUCCAAUACUGCUGGACAGUUUGGGGAGAGGUGAUGUAGAAAGACCUUGUAGACCAUCUUAAAGAGUAUAAACUUUAGCUGAAGGGCAGUGAGAAAUCAUUGAAAGAUUUUAAGUAGGGAAAUAAGAUGAUCAGUUUUGUGUUUUAGAAGAACCACUUGACCUCAGGGUGUAAGAAUGGAUUGGAGGGAGCAAGCCUCAGCAGGGAGACUUUUAUAGUGGUUCAGGAGAGAAAAGAUGGUGGCCUGACUGACGUAUGUAGUGGUGAUGGGGAGAGGACAGGUUUGAAAGAUGUUUAGGAAGCAAAAUUGAUGUGACUUGGUGACUGCUUAGAUUUGAGCAUUAAGGGAAAGGGAGGACACAGGUUGGUGCUCAGGUUUCUGGCUUAAGGAGCUAAGUGGUUAAUGGUGCCAUUUACUCUGGGAAUGCAGGAAGAGGAGCCAGUUUCGGGGAGGCAGGGAAGAUGAGCUCAGCUUAGGGCAUGGGGUACCUCUGAGACAACCAAGUGGAGAUGCUGGUAGUCAGUUGAGUUUCUAAGUCCAAAAGUCUGGGCUAGAGAUAGGGAUUUGGGUGUUAUCCAUACAUAGAUGGUAACUGAAG